AUGAAAAAUAUUUUGUCUGUUUUUUAUAUUUUGCUUCUUUUGAAGAUAUUAAUAUUGGACAACAAUGGCGUAAAUAGUGAAAAUACAAAUGUAUGGAGGCCAUAUUUAAGGGGGGUUAUGGACAACGGUAAUUUCAAAAUAGACACGGAUAAGGAAGGUGAAAUGCAUAAUGUUGCUAAAGGGGAAGAAGAGCAACAAGGAACUGAACAAGGAACUGAACAAGGAACUGAACAAGGUACUGAACAAGGAACUGAACAAGGAACUGAGCAAGGAACUGAACAAGGAACUGAGCAAGGAACUGAGCAAGGAACUGAACAAGGAACUGAGCAAGGAACUGAGCAAGGAACUGAACAAGGAACUGAGCAAGGAACUGAACAAGGUACUGAACAAGGUACUGAACAAGGAACUAAACAAGGUACUGAACAAGGUACUGAGCAAGGUACUGAACAAGGUACUGAACAAGGAACUGAACAAGGAACUGAGCAAGGAACUGAACAAGGAACUGAGCAAGGAACUGAACAAGGUACUGAACAAGGAACUAAACAAGGUACUGAACAAGGUACUGAGCAAGGUACUGAACAAGGUACUGAACAAGGAACUGAACAAGGAACUGAACAAGGAACUGAGCAAGGAACUGAACAAGGUACUGAACAAGGCACUGAGCAAGGUACUGAACAAGGAACUGAACAAGGUACUGAACAAGGUACUGAACAAGGUACUGAACAAGGAACUGAACAAGGUACUGAGCAAGGUACUGAACAAGGAACUAAACAAGGAACUGAACAAGGUACUGAACAAGGUACUGAACAAGGAACUAAACAAGGUACUGAACAAGGUACUGAGCAAGGUACUGAACAAGGAACUGAACAAGGAACUGAACAAGGUACUGAACAAGGAACUGAACAAGGAACUGAACAAGGUACUGAACAAGGUACUGAGCAAGGUACUGAACAAGGAACUAAACAAGGUACUGAACAAGGAACUAAACAAGGUACUGAACAAGGUACUGAACAAGGAACUGAACAAGGAACUGAGCAAGGUACUGAACAAGGUACUGAACAAGGAACUGAACAAGGAACUGAGCAAGGUACUGAACAAGGAACUGAACAAGGUACUGAACAAGGAACUGAACAAGGAACUGAGCAAGGUACUGAGCAAGGUACUGAACAAGGAACUGAACAAGGAACUAAACAAGGAACUGAACAAGGAACUAAACAAGGAACUGAACAAGGUACUGAACAAGGAACUGAACAAGGAACUGAGCAAGGUACUGAGCAAGGUACUGAGCAAGGUACUGAACAAGGAACUGAACAAGGAACUGAACAAGGAACUGAGCAAGGUACUGAACAAGGUACUGAACAAGGUACUGAACAAGGAACUGAACAAGGAACUGAACAAAGAACUGAGCAAGGUACUGAACAAGGAACUGAACAAGGUACUGAACAAGGAACUGAACAAGGAACUGAGCAAGGUACUGAGCAAGGUACUGAACAAGGAACUGAACAAGGUACUGAGCAAGGUACUGAACAAGGAACUAAACAAGGAACUGAACAAGGAACUAAACAAGGAACUGAACAAGGAACUAAACAAGGAACUAAACAAGGUACUGAACAAGGAACUGAACAAGGAACUGAACAAGGAACUGAGCAAGGAACUAAACAAGGAACUGAACAAGGAACUGAACAAGGAACUAAACAAGGAACUGAACAAGGAACUGAACAAGGAACUGAACAAGGUACUGAACAAGGAACUGAACAAGGAACUGAACAAGGAACUGAACAAGGAACUAAACAAGGAACUGAACAAGGAACUAAACAAGGAACUAAACAAGGUACUGAACAAGGAACUGAACAAGGAACUGAACAAGGAACUGAACAAGGUACUGAACAAGGAACUGAACAAGGUACUGAACAAGGUACUGGACAAGGAACUGAACAAGGUACUGAACAAGGUACUGAACAAGGAACUGAACAAGGAACUGAACAAGGUACUGAACAAGGUACUGAACAAGGUACUGAACAAGGAACUGAACAAGGAACUAAACAAGGUACUGAACAAGGAACUGAACAAGGAACUGAACAAGGAACUGAGCAAGGAACUGAACAAGGUACUGAACAAGGAACUGAGCAAGGAACUGAGCAAGGUACUGAGCAAGGUACUGAACAAGGAACUAAACAAGGUACUGAACAAGGAACUCAAGAAAAUGCAUCUUCAGUGAAUAUAAAGAACCUAAUCAUGAAACGAAUGUAUAUAAAUAAUUCAUAA